UUGCAAAAAGAAGAUGGGCUGAGAUGCGCGAGGCUCGGGUUCGGUACAUUCAAAAAGUUGCAGCAUCCAGAGAAAGAUCACGCACAAUCCAGGUCCAAUAUAGAAAGUCUGCGGAGGAAGGAAGAACGCUGAAAGAUGACUGACCUCUGGCGUCUGGUCUUGCUUCUGGCAUUAAUUUCCCUGUCGAAUGGGAUACCGGUGGACAAAACCGAGGCUGACCUGUGCACACACGCCUUCCACGGCUUUUUGUGCAACAGAAAUCAUAAAGCCCGAGCACCAAUUCAGCCGCAGGCGUCGGUGGCAGCUCCGCGACGCAUCGCACCUCAAAGGCAAGAUGAGAUGCCCGCUGCAUCCGCCGUCAACUCUUUCCUAGACCCUACAUUCUCGAGACGACCGCCGCCUCCGCCGAAAAAUGAUAUCCAGUUAUUGGCAGCGCCUGCGGCAAACGUUGACGCCAGGAAAACGAAAGAGCAAGAUCUCUGCGGCCACGCGUUUCACAGCUUUUUGUGUCAAAAACCAAAACCAAACCCAAUACGCCCAGAAAAUUCGUUCAUUGCCCCUGUGGCUGUAAAACGCGUGACCACAACCACAACCACCACGACUCCUCCACCUCCUCCUCCUCCUCAACCAGAAGUCCCUGAAGCCUCAUUUGAAUCUCCGAGUUUUGCUCAAGUAAAUAGGAUCCCCCAGCCCGCCCCUCAGAACGUGGCCCCUGUCACCUUGCCUAAGAGCCUGUGCGACCACGCCUUUCACAGCUUCCUCUGCCAAACUGGAAACAAAAGAAAAAGCACCAUUAGGAAGCCCGUGGAAAUUCCUGAGUCGAGCGUUUUGUUGCCGGUUGCCCUACCACCGAAGCCCAAGAUAACAACGACCACAACAACUACAACUACCACUACAACACGCAAACCUACAACUACAACAUUGCCACCCCAACCCCCUGUGGUUCCUGACGCGUCAAUUGAUAAUCCAACUUUCCUCAUCCCUAAAAAUGUUCCGAAGCCACCACCUGAGAAACCUGUCGAUCUUUGUUCUCACGCAUUCCAUAGCUUUUUGUGCGUGAAAAAUCGUAAACCUAAGCCUUUGGAGGUGCCCGAAUCGAGCGUUUUGUUGCCUGUUGCUCUUCCACCAAAGCCCAAGAUAACGACGACCACUACAACUACCACUACAACACGUAAACCCACAACUACAACCAAACCUCCCCAACCUCCUGUAGUUCCUGAGGCUUCAAUCGACAACCCUACAUUCCUUGUUCCUAAAAAUGUUCCGAAGCCACCACCUGAGAAACCUGUUGAUCUUUGUUCCCACGCCUUCCACAGCUUUUUGUGCGUGAAAAAUCGGAAACCUAAACCUUUGGAGGUGCCCGAAUCGAGCGUUUUGCUGCCUGUAGCCCUGCCCCCAAAGCCUAGGACAACGUCGACAACCACGACUACAACAACCACCACUACUACACGCAAACCUACAACUACAACAAAAGCACCCCAACCCCCUGUUGUUCCUGAAGCUUCGAUCGACAACCCCACAUUCCUUGUUCCUAAAAAUGUUCCGAAACCAGCACCUGAAAAACCAGUUGAUCUUUGUUCCCACGCCUUCCAUAGCUUUUUGUGCGUGAAAAAUCGCAAACCCAAGCCUGUAGAAGUUCCCGAGUCGAGUGUUUUGCUGCCUGUUGCUCUUCCUCCCAAACCCAAACCCAGAACCACAAGCACUACCACUACUACAACGACAACCACUACAACUACCACCACCCCAAAACCAAUCGAGCCAGCCCCGAGUUUCAACGUCCCAGACAGAAUUUCCGCCCCGGCGCAACAAACUCUGCAAAAACUGCGUCCAGAGGACGACAAGUGCAAACACGCUUUCCACGCAUUCCUUUGUAAUAGUGCGCCGAAAAGGGCGAGAACGAAUCAAAUAGCUGCAAACUCAAAUAUAGACGAGAGUUCAGUACUGCUGCCCGUCUCUAGGACCACAACACCAACAACUACAACCAAACGCAUCAUCGUCACAACUCCAACAACGAGACGAACAACAACAACCACCACUUCCGCACCUCCUGAGCAAAAUCAAAUCUCUGCGUCAUCCAUUGAUGACCCUGCACGCGUGGCUCUCGUGCAGCCGCGGCCACCACCGCAAGACCUGUGCUCUCACGCAUUCCACGGUUUCCUGUGUAACAGAAAUACCGCCAGAGGCAACCGCAGGCAAUGAAUCCGGAUUGCAAUAUUUUGUACUCACAAUGUAAAGUUAGUUAGCAUAGGAAUUUAAUUACGGUGUCGUCACGCAGGAAUGGAAUUUUUAUUGAUUCAAUAAAGCAAUAAUGAUUGAUCAAUAA